GGGUCUGAUCUGUGAGCACAUAAAUAAUCAUAUAUUUAAUUUCAAUGUCUUUACGCUGCAAUUAGUUCUGAAAUGAAGAUAUAGAUAAGAUAACCUACAAAAUUCAAAUUUUUUUAAUGUCAAGAUGUCAAGGUUGUUUGGUUGUUUUCAAACAAAUCAAUAAAUGAAACUGGAUUAGCUUUAAGGAAUCUAUUUAAUUAUAACAGCGACAUGACUGAAUUACAGAAUGGAUUACCACCCGGAUGGGACUGUUUAUUGGACGAGAGAACUGGAAAACGGUAUUAUGUAAAUCAUUUUACGAAAGCGACUACCUGGGAAGAUCCAAGAAAUCGUCAUAGGCUAUUUCAAAAUACUGCAAAACAAAUGACUAGUGUACCAGUGGAACAUAUACCACUUCAGGUAUUUCUUUCAUAUUUACUAUUUCUAAUAAUUUAUGUGCUUCGGUUGACAUCCAUUGUCUUUCACAUGCUGCAUUGGAUGUGUUUUUCUGUACAGCACGGAUCACCAGAGUUUAAAAGAAAUCAUGUGUAUCCUAGCCACCCUCCCCCAAUUCAUGCCUUUCAAAUGAAUUCCAAAGCAAUUCAGAUGCAGGAUAUGAAGCCCAUAACAAGAAGUCCCUUAACACUGCGCAAUGGAAAGGUUAAAGAUAGCUCUUUCAAUAUAGCUAGUUCUCAAUGCUCUACAGAUAUAGAAGAUUCAGUGGCAAAACUUAGUGCUAUGUUUCCAACAGUUUCUGAGACUCACAUAAAACUCUUAUUAAAAAAGUAUUUAAAUCGUGAAGCUUUAGUAAUAAGCGCCCUGCAAGUGGAAAAGUAUCCCAUCACAACUCCAGGACCCUUUUCUACACCACCACCACAAAGAAACAUACAUGUUAACAUUAAAGGGGGGGCCUCUAAUACAGGAAGUCCUAUUCUAAGGGGUCUUGUGGGGUCUCAGGGAUUUAGAAAUUCUCCUAAGCCUCAUUCAUCACCUAAGCUGAAAUUAAGGUAUAUGAAAUCAAUUUUCCCUAAUGCCGACGAAACUAUAAUACUUGAAGUACUGCAAAACAAUGAAAAUAGCAUUCAGAAAUCCUCUGACGUGCUAAAAGAUAUGGGAUAUAACAAAAAAGAUACAAUGAAGCCUCCGAUACAGAAAGUUGAAACAGCUACAAUUGAGAAAGUGGAUGAUGCUGCAAGUAAAUAUGAUGCAGCAAUAUCUCAUAUAAAAACAAAUGAAGAAAAACAGUUAUUAAAGGGAAAGCUAAAAGAGCAGUACAAAGAUGUUGCUGAACAUUUAAUUACUAUAGCCUUAGAAAGUGUUAAUUUUGAUGAGAAUAGAGCUAGUCAAAUUCUAAAUAUAAUGAAACAAGAAGAUUCAGAAAAUAAUAUUAAUAACCACAAACACCAAAAGAAAGAAGAGGAUACAUUUAAGACAGAGGCAAAUUCAGCAUGCUUAUCUAGUCAAAUGCCUGCACAAUUACCAAUAUCUCAAAGUCGACAGUCUAUAAAAUCUUUAUUGAAAGUGGAGAAAAGAGAUGAAAUUGGUAGUUAUUGUAGAAUUGUUAAUGAAAAUAAUCACAACCCUGGAUCAUCAAAACAUUUGUGCAAUACUGUUGGACAUAAUUCCGAUUUUACAAAAGGACCAAAUGAAAAGUUGCUAUUAGAAAACUAUGUUCAGUGGCAGGGCUCGAAUAAAACAAUACAAAAGGGACCUCAAGGAUUAGCUAAAGGUCCUAAUAAAAGUCUCUUAUCUAAUAAAUUGUACACACCUUGCGGACCCAAUGCAGAUUUCCACACAGGUCCGGCAUACGGACUCGCAAAAGGCAGCAUAUUUAAUCAAUUAAAUAAAGCAGCUGCGGUAAUAGAAUCAAGAGUCAAAUAGGUUCCAUUCUCCAGUUUUGCUUCUAAAAUGUAAUUUUGUUGUAGUUCUUUGAAUGAUUUUAUUUUAUGUAUAUGUUUCUAUACAAUUUUACUUGAAUUAGUUGCCGGCUAAGUAUAGUGUAGAACUGCUUGACCUAGCUAUGUGAAACGAAAACUUAAUUUUCUCUAUAGAUUUCUCUCAAAAAUAGAAUGAAGUAGAUUAUUAUAUUACAUAUAUUACAUUGUGAUCCAAAUGUAGAGAAACAUUUUAGUAGGCCUAUAUGUGAAACGAAAAUGGUUAUAAACAAAAAUAAUAUCACUUAAAACCGUCCCAUAAAUAUUUUUAAAAUGUACUGUCUCUAUUUCAAUCUGUGAAUUAUAGAAUUUUUAAUAUUUGGAGAAGAAAAAGAUGAAAAAUUAUAGUUACCAUUAAUCACUUUAUUAUACAAUAUACAAAAUAUUUUACAAGAGAAAAUAAAUACAACAUAUAUGUUUUAUCAUAUUUUUCUAAAUGUUAUUGAUCUCUAUUAAUGUAGUAAAAAAAAGUAUUAUUAAGUACCUGUGUAUUGAUUUUAAUAUAUGUACCUAAAUAGCUUGUUGAAAAUACCAUUUAGACCAUGAAUUACAUUGCUAUAUUAUCUGUCUAUCUUAAUAAAAAUACUAAAAUGUA